AUGAAACGAAAGCUCGACCAGAACGGCGUGCCUUCGCCCGAACCCAAGGAAAAAUGUGGGAAAGCGGCAAAGGCCGCGGACGAGGAGGCGGAGACGACAUUUGCAGACCUUGGCCUCGACCCUCGACUGGUGCAAGCCGUUGCCGAGCAGAGCUUUCUCAAGCCGACGCUCGUGCAGCGCAAAGCGAUUCCCCUCGCACUCAACGGUCAGGACGUCCUGUGCAAGGCGAAGACUGGGUCCGGAAAGACGGCGGCCUACGUCCUUCCCAUCUUGGCGGGCAUAUUGAAGCGAAAGAGUACCGACGGCAGCGCAGUCACAUCGGCGCUCAUCCUCGUCCCAACCCGCGAACUCGCCGACCAGGUCUUCAAGGCCAUCGAAAAACUCUCCUCCUUUUGCGCCAAGGAUAUCCGGGCGGUCAAGCUGACGGACAAGCUCUCCGAUGCGGUGCAGCGAUCCCUGCUGUCGACAUCACCCGACAUUGUCAUCUCCACGCCUGCGCGGGCAUGGCACAAUGUCAAAUCCAACUCGGCAGCCCUCGACCUCGGCAAGCUCUCACAUCUCGUCCUGGACGAGGCGGACAUUCUGCUGUCGUACGGAUACGAUGAAGAUCUGGAGAACCUGUCGUGGUCGGUGCCCAAGGGGACCCAAACGAUCAUGAUGAGUGCGACCCUCACCGAGGAGGUUGACUCCCUGAAGAAGAUUUUCUACCGCAGCAAUGUGCCGACCCUGCUCGACCUCGAGGAGCCAGAUGCCGAGGGCGAGGGGAUCACACAGCUGGUGACGAGGUGUGGCGAGGACGAAAAAUUCCUCCUUGCCUACGUCAUCUUCAAGCUGCAACUGGUCAAGGGCAAGUGCAUCAUCUUCGUCGGCGACGUAGACCGAUGCUACCGGGUCAAGCUAUUUUUUGAGCAGUUCGGCAUCCGCAGCUGCAUCUUGAACUCGGAACUGCCCGUCAACUCGAGACUACACGUCGUGGAGGAGUUCAACCGCGGCGUGUACGACAUCAUCAUCGCCUCGGACGAGAAGGAGAUUCUCGGAAGCGAGGAGAAGGCCGAAGAGGAGGAGAAGGAGGACGAUGCCGCGCAGGAGGAACGGGCGGAUGCCGUGACGGAGAAGGAGGGCAAGCACCCGAAGAAGAAGCGCAAGGUGACAAAGGGCGACAAGGAGUACGGAGUAUCGCGAGGUAUCGACUUCAAGAACGUGGCGGCCGUCAUCAACUUUGAUCUUCCCACGUCGGCCUCGUCCUACACGCACAGGAUCGGGCGAACGGCGCGGGCCGGGAAGGCGGGCAUGGCACUGUCAUUCGUCGUCCCCAAGGAGCUCUAUCGCAAGCACAUGCCGACGACGACGGCGACGGCCGAGAACGACGAAAAGGUGCUCGCCAGAAUCACGAGACAGCAGGCGAAGAAGGGCAAGGAGAUUACGGCGUACAACUUCAACACGAAGCAGGUGGACGCGUUUCGAUACCGCAUGAACGAUGCGCUGCGAGCCGUCACCAAGGUCGCCGUUCGCGAGGCCAGGACGAGAGAGCUGAGGCAGGAACUGCUGAAGAGCGACAAGCUCAAGAGAUAUUUCGAGGAGAACCCCUCGGAGAUCAACCACCUGCGCCACGAUGGCGAGCUGAGGACGGCGAGACAGCAGGCGCACCUGAAGCACGUGCCCGACUAUCUGAUGCCGAAGGAGGGCAAACGGGCCCUGGCCGAAGACGAGAUCGGCUUCGUGCCGCUGCGAAAGGCUGGCGGCAAGGUGCGAGGGCACCGGAAGGGGCAGAGAGCGAAGCGCGGCCCGGGAGGCUUCAGGGUAGGGGGCCGAAAGAGCGACCCGCUCAAGACGUUCAAGGCACGACGCAAGACGACGAAAUGA